GAUGUGCACAUCGCCUCAGUCCGAUCACAGUCGGACCUUCUGUGUGGACAAGACGCUUUCCGUCAUGUUAGCCUUCGCCCUCUGGCUGCUUUUAUUGCCGCUCUGCGGUGCGGUCUACAGUGGACCAUUGCACCCUGAAAUGUCCAACGGGACCUUUCACCACUUCUUCGUCCCGGACGGCGAUUACGAGGAGACCGAGGACCUGGAGAAAUGCCAGAUGCUCUUCAAAUGGAUCGACCGCAGGCCGUGUCCUCUGGAAGAGGACCAGGAUACGAUCAUCCGAGAGGAUUUUAUCAUCAUUAAACAGCAGAUCGAAGACGCAGCUUGCGUUUUGGAGAGUCUCGGGAUGAGUAUUUCCUUCGAUCUGGACGGCGAGGACAGCUAUGGGAAAUACCUGAAAAAAGAGAUUGUGCAGAUCAAUGAGGCUUUUACAAAUGUAGAGAAAUCGUUACUGGAGCUGGAGAUCAAAUUCAAGCAAAGUCAGGAGACCGAACAACGAGAAGAGCACGAGUUCACCAAUCACUUCAUCAACCCAAUGUAUGAUGUGGUCGACAUUCUGCAGGACACUCUGGACAUCUCAUCUGGACUCAAACAUAAACAUGAACUCAUAUCUCUGAUCAUCAGGAGCCAUGGAUCGAGGUUAAGCCGCCUCAAAAACGAGUACCUCAAUGUUUAGACUCGCAUCAGCUGGUAUUAGUAUUAGACUAGACUACAGUCCAAGCUGGAUUGUUAUUUUAGCAGUGUGAAACUAUGGGUAGCCAACGUUUUGCCACUUUUGAAAGCAUUAGGUGGAUGAUAGUCUGCAUAUGGGUUAGUAAAGUCUUGAAAAUAAAAGUUCUUCAAUAAUAUAAUUUUUUCCCCUCCUGUUUAGGGUUGAGUUUACUUUUUGGUUCUUUGGAGAUUGAAGGAAUAUUCUGGGUUCAAUACUGAUUAAACUCAAUCUACAGCAGUUGUGGUGUAAUCUACCACUAAAAUUAAUUUAUUCAAAAAUCACAGUUACAGUAAGCACUUUCAAUGGAAGUGAAUUGGGCCUAUCCACUAAAUAACAUUAAAUUACUGAAUAUAGACAGAAUAUGUGUUUACAUGAUUUAAGUGUGACAAAAGCACAUACAAGCGUAUAAUAUUAGAUAGGCUAUAUAACUUUACACAGAAAAUGUUAGUAAAUGAUUUUAUCACACUAAAAUCAUGUAAGCACGUAUAUGUUUACAUCUUGUGGUUAUAAUUUUGAAUUUGAACGUUUAUGGACUGGCUCCAUUCACUUCCAUUGUAAGAGCCUUACUGUAACUGCAAUGUUUGCUCUUUUAAAAUAUCUUUUAAUAAUUGUUUUGUGGUAAUCAAAAUUAUGUUACAAAUGCUGCCGAUUAAGCUUAGCCGUGCGUUCAGACCAGAGGCGUCGAGAGCGUUAAAUCGACCGGAAGUCAUUCAUUUUCUAUGACAGCCUCUCGGUGGCGAGAAGUGGCGUGUCGAGUCUUGGGCGGUGUGGGCAUCAGAGGAAAGUUCAAGUGCAGCCAACAUUAUGGUAAUGAGCUUUGACACGGUUCGGCGGUAACCUAUUGGAGUAUAGAAGUGCUCCGCUCUAGCGAAGUCUAGAGAACACAACCGUGUAAAAUUUGGUUCCCACCAAACUUUAGUUCUGAAGACAAAAUGGAGGAGAAAGUAAUUAUUGCCAUGGCGAGUUUUCCUGUAAUAUUUGAUCUGUCCCCGUUUGCUUACAGGUAUAUAAAUAAAAUACAAAAAACGAUGAGUGGACAAAGGUGUCUGAAAUUGUUAGUGUGCCAGGUGAGUUGAUGAAGUGGAUAUUAUGGUUUAUAUAAUAAUAUAUUAAAAUAUUUCAUGAGGAUAUAUGCUACUUGUGAUAUGUCGUCAAAAAUCCGGUUGACAUGUUUGGCUGUUUUGUGGCCCCUUUAAAUAUAGUUCACAAAACCAAGCCUUCUCAACGAACGUUGCUGCCUAUUUCAAAUACGUCAGAGCAUCCACGAAUUUUCGAUAGCGUUGUUGGCAGAGCAGCCAGAGCGAAUUUUGAUGCUCUCGCCGCCUCUGGUCUGAACGCACGGUUACUUGUAAUGAACCCGGAACAUUCCUUUAAAAAAGUUAUUGAUGUUUCAUCAAAAGUUCUUCAGACCAGUUUUGGGGUUUCUGGGUUCUGCACCAGUGCAUAGAUGAUUUUCUGAAGAACGUUAAUGAAAACAUUCUUUUUGGAACUUCUAAAUGUUCACCAAUGACACAAGACACAGUAAAACCAUUUUUGGUUCAAUUUGGAACUUUUAUUUUGAGUUAAGAGCUCAAGUCAAUAAUAGGAAUUUUUUGGGACCUAUGUAUAACAACCCCCCAUAAAACCCAAUAACCCCAAAUAUAUAUUUUUCCCCUUAAUAUUGCAAAUAUAGUGUCCUGUAGAGAUAAGGUUUGUGCAUUUUUGUGGCACUAGUGUCACAGAAUUAGAUUUUCAAAUACACCCUCUGUCUUUUAUUGUUCAUGAAACAGAUAGAGCCUGCCCCAAACUGAUGAAAUUGGUUAAGUCAAUUAACCAAUUGACUUAACCAAUUGCUGGACGUCCAUCCACAUUUGUAUGCGCAUUUUGGGAUGUCGCAUAAAAACUGCUGGAUAGGAACACCAAGGUGCAAAUACAACCUCCAAAAUGCCCAUAAAAAACAUAUACAAGUGGUGGAUAAAUGUUUUAUUUGAAGAAAUGUGCAUAAACUAUGAUGGAAACGCAUUUUCAGUAUAAACUUAUUAGGACUACAAGAUGCGCUUCAAAAAAUCAUGUGACUAAAUAACUCAUUCAUAACUGGACUAACCAGAGGACCAGUCAUCACAUCUGAAAUGUUGCUCUAGUAAUCCUGAAAUAACGUUGUCCUGAAAAUCCAACGUCUGCGUAGAGUCCACUGUGCAAAUAAGUCAAAUAAAAACUUGAACUGUG